GAGCAGCAGUUAUCUCUGAGUAGCCAACGCGUACAAGUUCAACUUUGAAUCAAAUCCAAAAACCACAAAUCCUUGCAAAUAUGAAGAACACCGUUGCUAUUUUGCUGUGCGCCUUGCUGGGUCUGGCCUCCGCUGCUGAGUACAAGCUGCGCACUGCCGAGGAUCUGCAGAAGGUGCGCAAGGAGUGCGGCGAUGCCAACAAGGUGACCGAGGUGCUGAUCAACAAGUACAAGACCUUUGAGUAUCCCGAUGAUGAGAUCACCCGCAACUACAUCAAGUGCAUUUUCAACAAGUUUGAUCUGUUCGAUGACACCAAGGGCUUCAAGGUUGACCAUCUGGUCGCCCAGCUGGGACAGGGCCGUGAGGACAAGACCAUCCUGAAGGCCGAUGUCGAGAAGUGCGCCGACAAGAACGAGCAGAAGUCACCUGCCAACGCCUGGGCCUACCGCGGCUUCAAGUGCUUCCUCAGCAAGAACCUGCCCUUGGUGCAGGCUGCCAUCGCCAAGAAGAACUAAGUGCUGCUUCUCAACAAACACUGCCCUAAGUGCAAGCCAAUUCCUCCUAAGUAGUAUGGCCAACACGUUGAAGGCCUUUUAAAUGCACAGUAAUGUUAACUUUUGGCUUACUGCACUUUGUUCAAUUUGAAAUAAAAACCGUAAAAUAGCGAGCUUUAAAAUCAAAA